AUGCUGCCCCUGCCCGGCUCUCCCGCCUGGUCAUGGAGCCGUUUCCAGGCGCGCAUUGCUGCUCGCUUCGAGGGAGCUGAUUGGCGCGUUUGUGUUGCCUUUUGGCUGUUCGGCCUGGUCAACAACAUCCUCUACGUUAUCAUCUUGACCGCUGCGCUCGAUCUCGUCGGACCCUCCAUUCCCAAAGCGACCGUCUUGCUCGCCAGUAUCAUCCCCGGCCUGGCCACCAAAAUCGUCGUGCCCUUCUUCAUCCAUCUCAUUCCCUACUCUAUGCGGAUCGUCCUCCUGGUUGUUCUAUCCACUUGUGGCAUGCUGGCCGUCGCUCUUUCUCCAGCAACGACCAAUGCAUCCAGCAUUUCCGCCAAACUCGCCGGUAUCAUCCUGGCCAACAUCAGUUCGGGAGCGGGCGAGUCGAACUUCCUCAGCUUGACGCACUUCUAUGGUCCUUUCAGCUUGGCGGCAUGGGGUAGCGGGACUGGUGGUGCUGGACUCAUAGGUGCUGGGUUCUACGCCUUCGCCACCAACGAGCUGGGCAUCUCCGUUCGCGCUACGCUGCUUGGUAGUGCAUUGUUGCCGGCUGUUAUGCUGCUCACCUUCUUCACCCUCCUUCCACGUAAUCCGUUGAAACUCUCCGCUCGCAAUGGGCCUGACCACAAGCCCUUGUCAAAUCUGGACGAUGACUCUGACGUGACGCAAGAAACGACCGGGCUGCUGGACGAAACCAGUGCCCAAAUCCCUCUUCAGCAUCACGACACCAGCCAACAUCCGCUGAAACGAGCUCUUGCACACAUCAAGUCAGAUCUCCAUCGCAUGCGCUCCCUCAUCAUUCCCUACAUGGCGCCGUUGUUCCUGGUAUACCUAGCGGAAUACACCAUCAACCAAGGCGUAGCGCCCACUCUACUCUUCCCGCUGGAAGAAUCCCCAUUCGACCGCUAUCGCGCCUUCUACCCAACCUACGGCGCCCUCUACCAAACUGGCGUCUUCAUCUCGCGCUCCUCUCUCGCCCUCUUCCAAAUCAGAGCGCUCUACGUCCCUUCUUUUUUGCAGGUGUUGAACCUCGCCAUACUCACCGCUCACGCCAUCCACCCCUUCAUUCCCAGCGUUUACUUCGUCUUCGCCAUUGUGCUGUGGGAGGGACUGCUAGGUGGGCUGGUGUACGUAUCGGCGUACGCUCUCGUGCGGGAGCAAGUGGCGGAGGAAGACCGCGAGUUCAGCCUAAGCGCCGUCACCGUCAGCGAUUCCGCGGGGAUCUGUGUUGCUGGCUUUUUGGGAGUGGUGAUGGAGACGGCGUUGUGCAAUUGGCAGGUCGAGCACGGCAGAGACUGGUGUCGGAGGCUUUGA